AAAAUACAGUCCAUUUUAUUUUCAGUGCAGACACGCACAUCAUUACAUACACGCAUUUGCUGUACCUCUAUGAUAGAAAACCUUUGUCAGAUAAAGCAGUAGAAAAAUAAAUCUUGUACCGAGCAGACGCGUCCUACUUUUGUUCUAUUCGGCCAUCGAGUUUUGCAAGUCCGAACGUCCGAACCACGUGAAAAUUCCCCCCGAACAUUUUUGGUCCUAUCGGGAUCCGGAUAUGGACGGUUUUGCGAUUCCCGGAUGGUUCGAUCGGUUUCGUUUGUGACCGCGAUCGCGAGUGCAAGAAAACGUUGGAUUUUGCAACAAGUGUACCGUGCCGCCAUUGCUGCAAAUCGGCGCAGCGGUGUGCAGGAAUAAACGUGUUCAAAAAACCACGAUGCUCUUGCUAGCAUAAUCCUAGUGAAAAAGUGAAUCCGCCCGCACAGAGCGGAAGAUCGCCAGCCGAUCAUUGAGUAGUGCUUUGUCUCCGACUUGGCGUUCUGCCCCGGUCGGAAGUUACUAAUCCGAAGUGUGGUUAUGUUCAUGGGCUGCACACACAGGGUGUGCCAACAGAGGGCUUUCAGUGAAAAGGCUCAACUUGCGAUAUCGAAACAAACUAAAACAUAAUGAAGAUAAAUGAGUGAACAAAAAAAGAAACCGAGAAAAGAAUACAGUGAAACCCCAAGGGUGACAAGAAGUGUAACAAGAAGAAACCUUUUGGCAGAAUUGACGGGAUCAAGCGUUCGUGUGGAAGCUGCUGAUACGGAAGAAAGUGAUCAGUGUAAUUUAGUGAAUCCCGUUGUAAACCCCUUGCCAAGGUCGCUACAGCUCAGUGUUGCCUACCAGAAAGAGCUAGACCGGGCGAAAAAAGAGAAAAAAGAAAUGGAGCGUAAGAUGGAGAAUCUGUGUGAACGACUGGAGCUGAUAAAGGAGAAGAUGUUUCGUAUCAAAGAAGCAUUAAAUCUGGAUGCUGCGAAGAAUGUGCAUUAUCUGAAUCUUCAACUGCAAACGAUUCAGAAGUCGUAUGACGAGUACGACUUGGUGUACAACGAAGCGGUAAGUCUCGUCGCCAAGGAUAAAAAAGGUGAGUGGAAAAACGAUUAUCUCAAUUUUGAAACACUCCAUGCCGAGUUGUACGUAUUGGCUCAAACAAAACUUGCUGAACUGCAAAGGAGUGAAUCAAGCCAAGCUUUGUCGCUAAAUGCCAACGCGUCAGAGUUUCUUCCAAGGCCACAGGUGGUACAAAGCGUCCCUCACCUUCAAGUACCAUUGCCGACAUUUGACGGGAAAUUAGAAAACUGGCAUUCGUUCAAAUGUAUGUUUCAAACCGUAAUGGGCCGCUAUCCGAACGAAUCGCCGGCGAUAAAAUUGUACCACCUAAAAAACUCCCUGAUCGGUAACGCAGCAGGUAAGAUCGACCAAGAGGUGAUUAACAACAAUGACUACGAUUCAGCAUGGCGUUUACUGGAGGACGCCUAUGAAGAUGAGAGAUUGAUAAUCGAUACUCAUAUCGAUGCGUUGCUUGAUCUACCGAGACUGACCAGGGAAAAUGGCGACGAGAUGCGAAAGCUAGUUGAGACGUGUACGAAGCACGUUGACGCGUUAAAGAAUCAAGAACUACCGGUAGAGGGCCUAUCGGAGAUGAUUCUAAUCAACCUUAUCAGUAAGCGACUAGAUAGGGAAAGCAGGAAGCUGUGGGAGUCCUCACUGAAUCGCGGGGAGUUGCCGUCGUUCGACGAUCUGAUGGAGUUCCUCAAGGAGCGCAGUCGCGUUCUCCAGAAGUUAUCGAGUUACACCCACAUCAAUCAACCACCGGCAACUACUAAAUCUGGCCAGCAGCCUGCAGCGUCGAAGGCCAGGCAGACGAAGAUGUUUGUCCAAACGAACAAGGAGUCAUGUCCGUGCUGCUCCAACUCCCACACUAUCUACAAGUGCGUCGACUUCAAGAAGUUAACUGUACCAGAACGUUUCGACAAGGUCAAAAGAGCGGGUUUAUGCUUCAAUUGCCUGCGUCCAGGGCAUCGCACAGUGGAGUGCUCAUCGGACCAGCACUGCAAGACCUGUUCCAAGCAUCACCACAGUUUUCUCCACAACGAGCGCUCCGAUGAUCCCAAGAAGAAGGUUGAGACUGCUCAGCCAAAAAAUCAAGUGGAAGCAGAGAAGAAAGAAGACGCGCCGCCUGCAGCAGAACAGCGAACGGUCAGCUGCUGCACACAAACGCAAGCAGUUCCGAAACAGGUUCUUCUGUCUACAGCGAAGAUCGUAGUGUUUGGUUCGGGUAACGCAACUACUACCUGCAGAGCGUUGCUGGACUGCUGUUCCGAGUCCAACAUCAUCACGGAGAAACUGGCAAAGCGACUGAACAUGCAGCUUUCGGUAAUCAAUCCGCCGAUUACUAUCUGCGGACUGAACGGAAUGAAGACAACGGUCAACAAGGUCGUCCAAACUAAAGUGUCCUCUCGGGAUGGCGAGUUUACAGCUGUUCUUGACUUCAUCGUAACGCCGUCUAUCACCGAGUUACCAACAGGUAAGGUAGAAACUCAAAACUGGCCACUUCCUGCCGGUAUAGAGCUGGCAGACCCGACGUUCAAUGUGCCGGACAAUGUCGAUGUCAUUAUCGGCGCUGAGCUGUACUACGAUGUUCUGAAGAAAGGGCGUCUCAAAAUUGGUUCCGACUUCCCGAUUCUGGCCGAAACAGUAUUUGGGUGGGUCGUAAGCGGUUCAGCGAAAACCCGGCUACCAAUUAUCCGUCAACGAGUUUGUCACCUAAACACCACCCACGAAGAUGUCAAUCGUACCCUCUCCAAGUUCUGGGAAUUAGAGGCAGGGUAUUAUACCAGCAAGAUGACUGCAGCAGAACGUGCUGUAGAGCAGCAUUUCGAAGAGACGCAUAGCCGCAACAGCGAAGGGCGAUACGUGGUGAGACUACCGUUCAAUGAUCGAAAGAGUCAACUGGGCGACUCAUACGAGAAUGCGAAGCGUCGGUUUAUGAGACUGAUGAUCGGUCUAGCCAAGGACCCGUCCAAGCAAGAAUCGUACAAGCAGUUUCUGGAAGAAUAUGUCACCUUGGGCCAUAUGCAGGAAGUAUCCCACAACCCCGAACAAGGUUAUUUCCUACCGCACCACGCAGUCUAUAAAGAGGCCAGCUCGACUACGAAAGUUCGGGUAGUGUUCGACGCCUCGGCGGCGUCAUCGACUGGCGUAUCACUGAACGACACUCAACUAGUAGGACCUACCGUGCAGAGCGAUUUGGUCACUAUCAUGCUGCGUUUCUGCACGUAUCAGGUGGCACUAACAGCGGACGUACCUAAAAUGUACCGCCAGGUACAAAUACAUCCUGAGGAUAGGAAAUACCAGAGAAUUGUUUGGCUGAACGAUGCGAACGAAGUGUCUACCUUCGAAUUGACAACAGUCACGUACGGCUGUUCGAGUGCUCCCUAUCUGGCAACAAAGGCAUUGAUUCAACUGGCUACGGACGAAGCGGAAAACUUUCCUGCGGCAGCAAAGGUUGUCAAGGAGGACAGCUACAUAGAUGAUUUUCUCACUGGUGGCAAGUCAGCAGCAGAGGUCAAGGAACUCUACAGGCAGCUAACGGCUAUGUUGAAUAGAGGUGGAUUCGGCGUGCAUAAAUUUUGCUCCAACAGUGCAGAGGUCCUACAACUGAUUCCAUCGGAGUUACAGGAGAAACAGGUAGAUUUUGAAAUGUCUGAGAUCAAUGACACUAUCAAGACUCUUGGUUUGAUUUGGAAUCCGGGCCAAGACUACUUCGUGUUCAACGUACCUCUCCCAUUGCUCAACAAAGCUAGGCCCACGAAAAGGACGGUACUCUCGGAAAUCAGUAUGCUAUUCGACCCGCUGGGAUUUCUAGGUCCUGUAGUCACCACCGCGAAACUGCUAAUGCAAGAACUAUGGCGUUUGAAGCUAGGAUGGAACGAUGAGUUACCCGAUGAACAGAUGCAGCUCUGGUUGGCGUUUCGUGAACAGCUGGAUUCAGUGCGACAAAUCAGGAAGAAAAGGUGCGUCAUCCCCGGUGACGCUACGAAGGUCGAGCUACUUGGGUACUGUGAUGCAUCGAAGCGCGCAUAUGGUGCGGUUCUGUAUGUUCGAAGCGAGGCCAGCGACGGCACGAUCAACAUUCAGCUAGUAUGCAGUAAAUCCCGAGUCGCCCCUCUGAAACCGAUGACAAUACCAAGACUUGAAUUGUGUGGAGCACUAGUGCUGGCGCAGUUAGUUCAGAAAGCGAUUGAAUCCCUGAAAGUGAAGUUCGACAGUGUAACACUGUACUCCGAUUCGAUGAUUUGUCUAAGCUGGCUGAAAAAAUCUCCUGCGGUUUUGAACGAGUUCGUGUGCAACCGGGUAGCUACGAUUGUUGAGCUGACUCAGAACUACAAAUGGUAUUACGUCAGGUCUGAGAACAAUCCCGCUGAUGUCCUAUCACGAGGCUGUAGUCCGGAGCACCUGAUUGAAGAAGAACUUUGGUGGAGAGCAGCACCAGAGCAGAGACAACCUCGGCAAGUGAAGAAUGAAGUCGUUCCUGUGCUGGCGGACGAAGACCUGCCAGAACUGCGGAGUUCAAAAAGUGUCCUUGCAACAACCGUAGAAAAACCGUCAACAAAUUGGUGUCGAGUCAGCAACUUUGAACGACUGCAACGUGCCUGGGCGUACGUGUGGCGGUUUAUUGAAAUAACUCGUUCGAAGAAGAGAAAUCCGGUCAGCAAUGCGAUCACCGCUGGAGAACUGUCCAGAGCUACGCAAACUAUCUUCAAAAUCGUGCAACAGGAGGAAUUCAAGGAAGAGUUGAAGUACUUGCAAUCUGGAGGAAAAAGGAGGAAUAAUCUGUCGGGGUUGGCCCCAUUCGUAGAUGAUGAAGGCUUCGUCAGAGUAGGCGGGCGGCUGAAGUACUCAAACAUUCCAUAUGAAGGUAAACAUCAACUACUGCUACCGGAAAGGCACCCGGUGGUCGAGCUGCUGGUUCGCCACCUACAUGAGAAAAACCUUCACGUUGGUCAGAAUGCUCUGAUCUCAAUCAUUCGUCAGCAGUAUUGGCCGAUCAAGGUGAAGACGACUGUCAAGCGGAUUACUAGUCGAUGCUACAGAUGUUUCAAGCACAAGCCAUCGCAGUUGAACCAAUUCAUGGGUCAGUUGCCGAGUCACCGUGUCACCCCUGCACCUGUGUUUGCUUCGACUGGCGUAGAUUUUGCCGGACCGUUCGUACUCCGAGAGAGUGGUAGGAAACCAAAAUUUGUAAAGGCGUACGUUGCGGUGUUCGUGUGCAUGGCUGUGAAGGCAGUACAUUUGGAGCUGUGCACAGAUUUGCGGUCGGAGACGUUCUUGGCAGCGUUGCAAAGAUUUUCGAGUCGACGUGGCACUCCUUCUGAUCUUUAUUCGGAUAAUGCUACCACAUUCACCGGAGCAGCUAAUGAGCUAGCGGACCUACGACAACUCUUUCAAAGCCAAUUACACAAGGACAAGCUAACCGAGUUCUGUACCACGAAAGGCAUCACCUGGCAUUUCAUACCGCCGCGAAGCCCACACUUUGGCGGCAUUUGGGAAGCCGGAGUCAAGGCAAUGAAACACUUGCUCAAGCGUGUUGUAGGAGAAACAAGACUAACGUACGAAGAGAUGGCGACGUUCCUUGCGGAAGCGGAAGCGAUUAUGAAUUCGCGGCCGCUAUGCCCUUUGUCGGAUGACCCGAAUGAUUUGCAGGCUUUAACUCCAUCGCAUUUCUUGAUUGGGCGCACUGGUCAAGCGAUUCCGGAGCCUUCGUAUGAUGGGGAAAAAAUCGGCAGGCUGUCAAGGUGGCAGCACGUGCAGUACAUGAGGGACCAUUUUUGGAAGAGGUGGUCCGUGGACUAUCUCCAUACUCUGCAAACACGACAAAAAUGGAAGAACGGUAUAUUGGACAUCCAGGUAGGUGCUUUGGUGUUACUACGGGAAGAAAAUGUUCCACCCCAGCAGUGGAAAUUAGGCCGCAUCACUGCCACACAUCCAGGCGAGGACAAGGUGGUGAGAGUGGUUACCGUCAAGACGGCGGGCAGCGAGUACAAACGGGCAGUUACCAGGAUCUGUCUGUUCCCAGAUGUUGAAUCUAACGACCCAACGGGGGGUGUAUGAUUGCGCAGCAAGAAAAAUACAGUCCAUUUUAUUUUCAGUGCAGACACGCACAUCAUUACAUACACG